CCCACGUGGUGGCGGUGGCCGCGGCAGCACAUCGCGGAGCAGAGGCUGCGCCCGGGCGGCCACUUCGGGCCCCACAUGAACCCCUUCGCCUGGUACCCGCCGCCGCCCCCGGGCCCCCCCCCGCCCGGGGUCCCCCCACCCUUCUUCUGCCCGCCGCCCCCCUGGGAGCCCGCCUUCUGGACUCCUCCCGGGCCCUACCCGCCGCCCGGGCGCUACCCUCCUCCUGACAAGAGCUACCCGCCCCCCAACAGCUAUACCCCCGCCGAGAGCUACCCGCAGCCUGCUGACAGCUACCCGCCCGCCGACGGAUACUCUCAGCCCACCGAGAGCUACUCGCAGCCCGAGAAUUACCCGUCCACCGACAGCUACUCGCAGCCUGCCGAGAGCUAUCCGCCCUCCAAAAACUACUCACAGCCCUCCGAGAGCUACCCACCGGCCAACAGCUAUUCGCAGCCUGAGAAUUACCCGCCUGCAGACAGCUACUCACAACCUGCUGAGAGCUACUCUCAGCCCGAGAGCUACCCUCCUGCUGAGAACUACCCUCAGCCCGAGAGCUACCCACCGCCUGCAGAGAGCUACUCGCAGCCCAAGAGCUACUCACCUGCUGAGAACAGCUUCCCUCCGCCCGCCGAAGGCUACUCGCAGCCCAAUGGCUACCCUCCACCCACUGAGAGCUACCCAACGCCAGCCAGCAGCUACCUGCAGCCCAGCAGCUACCCACCACCUGCUGAGAGCUACCCCCCCACCAAGAGCUACCCACCCCCCAAGGGCUACAUGCCACCCCCUGCCUGGUACCCAUCUGCCUACAGAGAGCGACCACAGCACCCACACGCUGGUAUAAAUGGCAAUUUCUCUCAGAAAUGGCAAGGCGAGCAAGGACCUGGGUUUAAUAAACGUUUUCCAGAUGAAAAUAACAAGCCAAAGCCUAAAAAGAAAAAAGAGCCAGUUUUCUCUCAUUAUUGUGAUACCUGUGACCGUGGCUAUAAAAACCAGGAGAAGUAUGAUGAACACAUUUCACAACAUAAACAGUGCACAGAGGAAGGCUGCAAUUUCAGUGCCCAUGAGAAGAUAGUUCAGAUACACUGGAGGAAUGCACAUGCACCUGGUGCUAAAAGAAUAAAAUUAGAUAGUCCAGAAGAGAUCGCUAGAUGGAGAGAAGAAAGGAAAAAAAAUUUCCCUACGUUGGCCAACAUUGAAAAGAAGAAGGCGGUGCAGAUGCAGAAGGAAGAACGGGGUGAAGUGCUGACUACCCAGCAGUUUGGCAAAAUGAAGGGGAUGUGGAAACCUCCAGAAAAUGAAGAGAGGCCUGGGCAGCAAGGAAGGCAGAAGAGAAGACAAAGGCGCCCAUUCUGGAAGAAAUUUAGGAAAAAUGGUGGAGAACAUAAUGUACAUAGAACUCAAAAUGAAGCCAAUGGAUCGGAAAAUAGCACGUGUGAAAAGGAACAUGAAAACCAGCAGGCUUUGGCAGCUCAGCCAUGUGUGAAGGACAUGGACCCUCUCAGUCUUCUGGCAAACAGUGAUGUUGAAUCUGACAAGGAUGACACAGCAGACAAAGAUGGGAAGCUGGAAUUGACUGUUGUUCCCAAGCAGGUCACCUCUGCCCUGAGUUCUCUGUCGGCCAACUACGGGAGCGCGUCUGACAGUGAGCCAGAAGAAGUCCCUGUCAAGACUGCAACAAAAGCUGAGACAAACCAGGCUGCUCUCAGAAAUGCACCUCAAACUGCUCCAAUCCCUCGGAACCGAAACCCGAAUCAGAAGCAUGCAGGCGCGACGCUGAGGAGCUCGAAUGCAAAAACACGUCCCCCCAGAAAGCCUGAGAACUGGGGCAAGAAAACAUUACCUCUCCUGCCCAAGCGCCGGCCAACCCUGCUGGAAAUGUUACUGGCCCAGGACAUCCGACAUGAAAGGAAUGUUAUUUUGCAAUGCGUUCGAUACCUCAUCCGAAAGAACGUGUUUGGACUUUGUUUUAAAACAGAACCACAAGCACAAGCAGAGACUGAACAGUCCUCGACAACUGCAGCAGAGUCUUUGACAGACAAGCUCCAUGAAUCUAACUGUUCUUGCAGCUCUGACCUUCAGUUAGCAGGAGGAGAAGAUGAUGCAUUAUUAAUAGCCCAGGGUGAGAAAGCACCCGUGGAUCAGACUUCACAGAUGGCUCACUUGGCAGAUGAGGACACGUGGGAAACCCCAUCAAUUCAGUGUGAAGAAGCACUGUAGAGGAUGUCGUGGACAAUAAAGCAAAGGCUCACAUUUUCUACCUGACUGAUGUCUUUUGAAAGACAUCAGUAUAACAAAAUAAUCAUUAAAAUACAUACUGAGAGCUGUUAAAACCACUUUUCUGAUCUGUUCUGCCCAAGGUAGAACUGAGUGGCUGCAUUGAGCCAUGGCAGAAAGGCAGCAGUGGCACAGCAUAUGACCUUCCCUAGAGCAGGUGCAGAUCCUCCCUUCCAAGCUUCAGAGUUCCGAAUGUUUUACCUGGUUACAAAAUGUGUGUCAGUCCAUCACCAGAGCCAAGUAGUGUUGUGGUAGGAUUAAUCUUCCUCAUGUGAAAUUAUGGUCUGGCAUGUCUGGGAGUAUCUUGAGUGUCCAGAAGUAUUUCAAUGUACUUUUGAAAUGGUAAUGCAGUGCAUAUUUUUUUUUCCUCAGCUGUUAUUUGAUAUAAUAUAUCCAAUAUAAAUGUAGUAUAUCCAGUAUAACAUGAAAAAAGGAAAUGGAAGAUAUAACUGACCUGGUUCAAAGUCCUGCUUGCACCAGGAGUCUCCUCCUCUCUGAACUAAUUUGCUAUUUGAGCAGAGAAAUGGACAUGAGGGUGCAGGCUGAUGCAAGAAGCCUUUUAUUAAAAAAUGGAGAUAAAAUAACUGUUAACUGCUUGCAUCAGUGAUAGGUUGCCAGUUGACCUCAGGUACCCAAAAUUAAGCCUUAGGCCUUAAUUGCUGUUAUAGUCAUUGCCUGACAAAUCUAACUCUUGAAGCAAACUCUUAAAUAUAAGAAUAUUGUCAAUGUUCUGAAACCUUAGUGAGAGUUACUGGUUUGUCUCUUUUAAUGCACAUUGGGAAUGUAUUAGUUGGCCUUGUGGAAGAAUGUCUUCCUUGGUACAUUGUUGCAAUGCUUCUACAGCAUCCAGUGAUUUUCUUUUUCCAUAGAUGUGUGUGUGUACAUCCACAGUGUUGAACAUCAUCAGCAAAGGUUUAGGAACAAGUUUCAUCUUUUGAUUACAUUGUGCAUCUGUUUGUUGGAUUCCUUCUUGUCGAGGGCAGGUACUGGUUUGUCACAUUGACACUGAAAACAUGCCAUGAAAAAAAUCUGUUGUCAAAACUUCCACUUCCAAAUGUUUCUCUGCUCUUUGUCUUUUAGCCAUGGCUAAAUGUUGGUGUUAAAUCUCAGGGACUGAUUCUAUGUCUUUCGUUCUUUAGUAGAAGUGUAGCCUUCCAUUCCACCAUCUAAAAUACACAGAUUUGCAUGGAGGGAUUUUUUUUUAGCCUAAUAACUGUAUUUUCUUUCCUCCGGCUCCUUAACUUUGUGCCAUACGUCUCAUUUGUGGUGCACAGAAAACGAGAAAUGGUUGAAAACUCUGUCCCACUGCCGUGCUAUUUAUAGCUACGGCUGCAUAUUGUGUUUGUAAUGCACUGUCUAAAUUUAUGGCAUUAUAUAAAUAUCAACACCCUUGUAAAAGUUGCGUGUCUCAAGAAUGUAUGUGCAGAAUAGAAGCAGUGAUCAUAAACAUUUAUAUUUCCGAGGCAGAUGAUUCAUUCUUCCCAUGAUGGUCCCACGAGCCAUCUCAAUCUCACUGACUUGCUUAUGGCAUGUACAGUUCUACCGCAAUGAAAAUACCAGCAAAGGACUCUAAGCCACGGACAUCUGGCCCUCGGGCAGAACCUGAUUUUUGGAGUGUGGUGGUACCAGUGCUAUCGAAAGCAUGAGUAACAGCUGCAGGCAAGGAAAUGGAUGGCUAAGGAUUGCUACUAAAUUGCACUUUAAACAACCCUUAAUAUGCUUCUGUUCCUAUCGAGUUGAUGGCAGGGCUUUCUUUGACUGUACACCCUGACCCUGUGUUUAGAAAACAAAGCAAACAAAAAACUUUAAUCUGAAUUCUUUCUACUGUUGUCAUCUUGAACUUCAGAAUAUUAAACUUUCACACAAAACCAAAA